AUGCCAAAAAGUGUUAACACCAAGCGUCUAAAAUUAGAUAAGAAUCAGAUGUUCGGCGGAUGGCUUUAUGGUAGUUACAAUACAAAGGGAAAAUUCCGUUGCUUAAAAUGUCUUAAAAAUGGUACCGCAAAUAAUGAUGCAACGUGGUCUUCAGCUUACACGACUAUUCUGUGUAGAGCUUACUAUGGACCAGAUACAGAUGAAAAUGGACAAGCUUGGAUUGGUGGAUGGAUUCAAGUGAAAAUCUUUGCUCAGCAAUGUUUAAAUUGCGAUGAAUACGUCACAGGUGAGCUUGAUGAUCAAAAAUGUCAAAAUUUUGUAAAUUGGUUGCAUCGCUGGAUUGCUCACAUGUUUUAUGGCUAUCCUUUUCGUCGCUUGGGUUACCAAGGAAAAAAAAGUGAUCGACAUCAUCUUGUCAAUCGAUGUGAAUCAUGCGAACAAGGAUGGUGCCAUUAUCGUGGGAAGUAG